GAAAAUGAACGGGAUCGAUGAGUCAGGCGUUGACGCUUGUUGAACCUGGCACGAUGAUGAAAAUGAAGGGAAUUUAUGAGCCAGGCGUUGACGCUUGUUGCGACUGGCACGACGAUGACAAUGAACGGGAGCGAGCACUGGCAUCACCAAAGCGUGAUGCCUUUUCUACGCAAUGCCUGCGAAGUGCCUCAUUCUAUGGCAGUCAUUGCGAGCACUGGCAUCACCGAAGCGUGAUGCCUUUUCUGCGCAAUGCCUGCGAAGUACCCCAUUCUACGGCAGAGUCAAUGCGAGCACUGGCAUCACCAAAGCGUGAUGCCUUUUCUGCGCAAUGCCUGCGAAGUACCCCAUUCUAUGGCAGUCAUUGCGAGCACUGGCAUCACACCGAAGUGUGAAAUAUCUACUUCUACGAAAUGCACUUACCCCUGCUUACUGCUAUUUUCCUGCGCGAUGCUGGGCGACCGUCCGGUUCGGCGAGCUAGAGCAAAUGAUCGCAUUUGGUGUAAAGUGCUUGCUUUUAUAGCAGCAUCGCGCAGCUUUCGUCACCGUAGCAAGAGAGUGACACGGCAUUACUGCACGACAGUGAACCGUAAAUGGCGUCGGGAAGGCUUCUACAUAAACAUUUGUAAGAAGGUAUAG